AAAAAAAUGUUUACUUGGGUUGAAGGAGACGUGGUUUCGCGGAGUUCGUGCCUGGAUUUGGAGGCUGGAUAUUGAGGCCACAGACUUGGGCAGUGGAGGAGGGAGGGGGAGAGAGAAUAACAGCGGCCCCCUCGGUUAGAAUUUCCUGUUGCCGCUGCCUUUUAAUGCUAAACAGAUCAGUCCUUUCCCCAAAUUCAUCCAGGGAGCUCCUGGCUCCUGUCAACUGGUUUGCUGCCAGAGAGACUGAGCUGGAGCGGGGAGACGGGGAGCAGCGCUCCGGGGAGUUGCCGAGUUGCUGGUCUGCAGCCCAAGCAUUUCCAGGAUCAGAGUGGCUGGUGAGGCUGCCAGCACUGCUUACAUCAAUGGAUGCCCCGAAGGCAGAGACCAGCCUCAUCACCAACAGCAUACAAGCUUACAUGCAUAUCACCUCAAACCCCGAGAAGGCGGCCCUGUACUUCAUCACGGGCGUGUGUUUCGGGCUGAUCCUGACGCUCUGCCUGCUGGUGAUCCGCAUCUCCUGCCACGCGCGCACCGAGACUGCCGGCCCCGCCAGCAAGAGGGCGGAGGAGGGGAGCGAGGAUGAGGAUGAGGACGAGGACGAGGAGGAGGACGAGGAGGAGGAGGCGGCGGUCAACAAUGGGGGGUCGCCCACGGCAACGGACUUGGGCCAGGUCAACAACGGGCAGGCAGGCCACGCCAGCCCGGGAGUGAACGUCUUCACGUCCGCCGAGGAGCUGGAGCGGGCACAGCUGCUGGAGGAGAGGGAGCGCAUCAUCCGCGAGAUCUGGCGCAGCGGGCAGCCCGAUGUUCUGGGCAGCGGCUGGCACCAGUUCGAGAUGGAGAUGCUGCCCAACGGAGGGCAAAGGGAGCAUCGAACCUGGAGCCCAAACUCCCAUGGGAAGUUCUAAAUACCAAGGAGGAAACAUACUGCUGGUUGAGAAACAAAAAUAAAACUAAUUAUAUUAUUUAGUUCGGGACAUAUGGAGAACACAUAACCAAAGAUGAGUAGUUGAAGCAUUUGCACCAAGAGUAUGGGAUUACCCGUAUCAAAAAACACAGUGGAAGGAAAGUAUUACUAAGUAAUUGGAUCAGGCUCAAGGAUUCUCUUGGCCUUGCAAGGAGCUGCUGCUGAGUUAUUAACGGCACUGCCAUUACUUAUAGGCAACUGAGGACCAUUCCACAGGGAGACGUGUUGAAGAAUCAAUGCAUUCUCGAAGAAAUUCCAAUCCUGUUUGAAACCUCUGACUUCAGAUGCCAACAAUCCCAAUGGGUUUCAGGGAGGAAAAUUAUCCGAUUGCUGACCAGACCUUCUCCGAUUCAUUGGGUUUAAUUCUGCCUCGGAAUGGCCAUCGAUUCGAGAGGCAAUGUUAAUCACCUUCCUUGCACCUCGUGAGUCACACCGAGACUGGGACCACAUCAAUUGUCUUCAGGCCAAUAUCUUUUGUAUAUUCAAAAACAAUAUUUUCUGUCGAGCUCUUAACAGCUUGAUGUUUUAGGCGGGAGAACUUUUGCAAUGACCUGGAUUAGUUUCCAGAGACUUAUUGUUAGGUGCUAGAAUUCUUUAAGAAUUGCACUUGAAGAAGUGAACAUGGUACUGCUUCAAUAGCUUUGCCCAUAAAUGGGACCAACGUGUUAUAUGUUGCUUACCUGUAUAGUCCAGUAUCUUACUUGGUGACAUUUCUAUAUGUGUGUUGCCAAUAUAGUCAAUGCUUUACAUGUGAUUGUGAGUUAAAUGUGACCAACUUACAAA